UGUCUUCCGGGUUUGGGAGUUCAGUACUCGGGGUUGGCGAGAUCCGAGGUGGCGCGUCUUCUUGCUCCAGGUCCGCUGGGGUUGUUAAGGGUGCCGAGCUCCGUGUGUGCGGCCCCCAGAACAGCGAGUUCCUCCUGAGGGAGAAGGGAGCCGCGGGCUGCGGGUAACAAAGGUGAAAACCGCAUGGCCCAGGCUGCGGGGAUUUGGAAUCCUAAACCUGACUGAUCAUUGUGAUGGAGCAAGGACAAGAAUUGUUGGUCUCAGGUUCUAAAGGCCUCAUGAAGAGGGAGAGUUUGAAAAGCCCCUUUACAGGAGAUGAAAGUAAGAAUAAUUUGGGAACUGUUCAACACAAUAAUCCUAAGGCAGAUAAGCUUAAAGACAGAGCUUCAAAAUGGUCUAAAAGACAUGGCCCACAAAAUUCUAAGCACGAGGAUACAAAAGAAAUGCUGUUGACAUUGUCCCAAGAAGAUGAGAUUUUGGCUCAGAAUUCCUCUGAGAAUGAUGGCAAAUCAGAGAUUUGGGGAAAUUCUACAGGGAAAGAGGAGGAGAAGGCCAAUCAUGGGGUAAGGGACCCAGGAGAACAUGGCAAUGUCUCUAUCCAGCAGGGAGACAAACCCUACAAAUGUUCCCAGUGUUGGAAAAGCUUCAGUAAUAGUUCUCAUUUGCGUACUCAUCAGAGGACUCACUCAGGAGAAAAGCCUUAUAAAUGCUCUGAGUGUGGGAAAUGCUUUUGUAACAGUUCACACCUGAUUCAGCAUCUGAGAACACACACUGGGGAGAAGCCUUAUCAGUGUGGUGAAUGUGAGAAAAGCUUCAGCAAUACCUCCCAUCUUAUUAUCCAUGAGAGGACUCACACGGGAGAGAAACCCUAUAAAUGCCCUGACUGUGGGAAGAGUUUUAGUAGCAGUUCUCACCUUAUUCAGCAUCACAGGUCACAUACAGGGGAAAAACCAUACGAGUGUCCUGUCUGUGGAAAAGGCUUCAGCUAUAGCUAUGUUCUAAUAGAACACCAGAGGACUCACACUGGAGAAAAACCUUAUGAAUGUCCAGACUGUGGGAGCAGUUUUAGUCAGAGUUCCAGCCUGAUUCGCCACCAGCGGACACACACAGGUGAGAAGCCCUACAAAUGUCUUGAAUGUGGAAGAAGCUUUGGUUAUAAUUCUACUCUAAUAAAGCAUCGAAGAAUCCAUACAGGAGAAAAAUCCUAUCACUGUGCAGACUGUGGGAAGAAUUUUAGUCGAAGUUCAAAUCUUAUAACACACCAGGAAAUACACACAGGAGAGAAAUGCUGUAGAGGUUCUGAAAAUGAAGAAAGUUUGCAUCAGAACUGCAGAGUGAUAGAAGAGUACAGAGGAGAGAAGCCAUAUAAAUGCUGUGAAUGUGGGAAGAGUUUUGGCCUUAGCACCCAUCUCAUUAGACAUCAGAGGACACAUACAGGAGAAAAGCCUUACAGAUGUUCUCUUUGCUGGAAGACUUUCAGUCAGAGUUCUGCUCUGGUGAUUCACCGGAGGACCCACACAGGAGAGAAACCUUAUAAAUGUCCUGAUUGUGGUGAGUGCUUCAGUCAAAGCUUUAACCUUAACAGGCACCAGAGGAUCCACAAAGGAGAAAAACCUUUCAAAUGUUCUGACUGUGAGAAAUGCUACACAAGAAGUGCCUACCUCACUCAGCAUCGGAAAAUUCACAUAGAAAAGUCUUUUGAGUCUCCUAAAGUGGUGGAUUUUCCUCAUGAACUGACUUGGAAAAGCUGUUCAGGGGAAAUGGCCCACAUCCCUUCACUUUCAGUCUCAAAUCCACUUUCCUGAGUCCCUGAGCUUGCUGAGUUUUGUUUGGUUUUGUUUUCCCUUAUUGGACCAUAACAGUUAAGGUUCAUCAAACAUCUGUAAUCAUUGUUUCGUGUAAAAAGUCAACCUCUUGGGCCACCAGGUUAUCAGAUCUGUCCAGUGAGAGACACUGACAAUAAUGAAGAUAAAGGAGAAAUUUUUUUUUGAAACUUAGAAAUAGCUUCAAAGGAAAAUAUAAAGAGUAACCCAGGGAAUGAGCAAAAGGCCAUGUGAGAACUUGAAGCUAGGAGUGCCAAUGAGUUACCUUAUUUUUUCUUACCUCAUUUUUUCUUACCUCAUUGAGUGAAGAUCAUUACUAGCUUCAAGUCUUUGCCCAGUGAAAUAAUCUUUUGAACAAAUAAUGUGAUUUUGUGUUUGUUUUAUUAAAUCUUAGGAAAGAUUCUUCUUUUUAUAAAUACAUUUUUAUUUGGUAAAAAUUAAAGAACUGUACUGUCCAUUAUUGUAGCCUUUAGCCAUAUUUGGCUAUUUAAACAUAUUAAUAAUUAACAUUUAAUGAAAUUUAAAAUACAGUUUCUUAGUUGCACCAGCCACCUACUAAGUACUCAGCCACAUAUGACUAGUGACUACUAUAUUGGAUAUCAUCAUAGAAAGUUCUUUCAAGAGCAUCUUUUUCGGGUUUUUUUUGGUGCCAGGGAUCGAACUCGGGACCUUGUGCUUGCGAGGCAAGCAGUGGCACCACUGAGCUAAAUCCCUGGCCCUAGAGCAUCAUUCUUAACAGACUCACAUUUCUGUUAAGAGUAGGAAUGUGCUCUAGUGUUUUUGUUUUCCAAAAGAAAUUGCAAUUGAAUAGAAAUGAGAUUGAGUUUUUAUAGCACUAGGUCAAGAGAUUGGGUAUUUUAGCAAUUGUAUGUUAUGUUAAACCAGUGGUGUUAUCUAAUAAUGAUCUCAUUGUCUUGACCAAAGCCAGAAUAGUAGGUAGGAUCUUGCAAUGGGUUCUUCCAUUUUUUGACAAAAUCUUUCCCUAAGUUUUCUGUCUAAGGCCUGGUCAUAUCAGGAACUGGGUUAUUUUUCUAAUAAUUAACCCACUCACUCUGAGCCAGUGUUCAAGGACAGUUUGUUUUUGAACACCAGGAUUCCUUAGCGUUAGGAUUGGCAGUUUUCCUCUGCUUUUGAUAUCUUUGGUUUAUGGAUCUGUUGAGACCUCAUCCUCUGUUCUGUGGGAAGGAUGCUUUGGAAAGUGUUAGAUAUAUCCUAUUCUUCCUCUCCCAUUUUUUCCUAGUGCAAAAGGUAUAUGUAUAGGAAUGUCAAGACUCUGAGUUGCCCAGGAUUUCAUCAGUAUUGAAAAAUAUGUUUCCACCUUUGUAUGUUAUGGAGAAUAUGUGGAGAUGGAUAUUAGGAAUUGAGGGCCAGACAGGACCAAUUGUGGCUGCUGUGAAGGCAGUAGUUGGUGGACAGUUGAUUUGCAUGAGUGUUAUUUACUUCAUGGUUGUGGUACACUUGAUACUGGCGAGGCAGUUGUGUCUUUUUGUAUUAUUAUAUGAUUUAAAAAUAAAGCAAAACUAACAAAAGUA